GUCACAUUUUUUACAACGACAACUCUAGCCAAGUGCGGUCUAGUCCUUCCCUUUAAAGAUUCAGAAUGAACAACCCAGAUACUCAAAACAAUACUUUCCUCUUUACGUCCGAGUCUGUUGGUGAGGGACAUCCUGAUAAGAUUUGCGAUCAGGUCUCUGACGCUAUCCUGGAUGCUCAUCUUAGGCAGGAUCCCAAUGCUAAAGUUGCGUGUGAAACCGUUUCCAAGACUGGCAUGAUUCUUGUGUGUGGUGAGAUUACGUCUAAGGCUGUUGUGGACUACCAGACUGUCAUUCGUGACACUGUCAAGAAGAUAGGCUAUGAUGACUCUAACAAAGGUUUUGAUUACAAGACCUGCAAUGUCUUGGUUGCUCUUGAACAACAAAGCCCUGAAAUCGCUAUGGGAGUCCACACUGGAAGGAAAGAAGAAGAUAUUGGUGCUGGUGACCAGGGCCUUAUGUUUGGCUAUGCUACAGAUGAAACUGAAGAACUUAUGCCUCUAACUGUUGUAUUAGCCCAUAAUCUCAACAGAGUGCUUGCUGAAAAAAGACGAAAUGGAAGCAUGAAAUGGGUGCGACCUGACUCUAAGACUCAAGUUACAGUUGAGUACAAAAAUGAGAAUGGUGCAGCGAUCCCUCUCAGAGUACAUACCAUCGUUAUUUCAGUUCAGCACGACCCUGACAUCACAUUAGAAGAGAUGAGGAAACAGCUGUAUGAGAAAAUCAUCAAGGAAGUUGUCCCUGCAAAGUACCUCGAUGAUGACACUAUCUACCACCUCCAACCUUCUGGAGCAUUUGUGAUUGGUGGCCCUCAGGGUGACGCUGGUCUGACAGGAAGGAAAAUCAUUGUUGACACUUACGGUGGAUGGGGUGCUCAUGGAGGCGGUGCUUUCUCUGGAAAGGACUUCUCUAAGGUUGACCGCUCUGGUGCAUAUGCUGCUAGGUGGAUUGCAAAGUCUCUUGUAGCAGCUAAACUAUGCCGUCGAGCUCUUGUCCAAGUCUCGUAUGCCAUUGGUAUUGCUGAGCCACUCUCCAUCACUGUGUUCUCGUAUGGAACUAGCAAAAAGUCUGAAGACGAACUGCUCAAGAUUGUCAGGGAGAACUUCGAUCUUCGUCCUGGCAUGAUUGUUAAGGCUCUUGACUUGAAGAAGCCCAUCUAUCAAGAUUCAUGUGUGUAUGGUCAUUUCAAGCCUGGUUUCACAUGGGAAGUUCCCAAGAAGCUGGUUUUCUAAGUCAUUUACCACUUUGUCCCUGGAAACAUUUGAGGAAAGUAGACCCAUUGGAGUAGACGAGAAUGAUUGAAUUAAAAGUGAUACAUUGGAGUUUUCAGUUCCAACCUCACAACCACAAAUAUAGGAAGACACAUAUAUAUGAAUUUUGACAGUUUUAGUUUAGACAAAAUAAUAUGAAGUAUUUUUGUUCAAAUACCAAGUGUAUAAUUGUUUCUACAAGUGUUAGCUCUUCUAUUCUGCUGUGAAAGAAAUUGCAAGCUCAUUUUAGUAAGCCAAAUAAAAAAAGGGAAAAGCUAUUUUAUAAAAAAAUGCAGAGAAGUAAAGAACCUUGUGACAAAAUACAUUCAGACCUAAAUUAUAUUCAUUAUUUAUUACCAAGCAGGCAUUCCAAAAGCCUUGAAUGCAGUGAAUGAGAAGCGUACUUUUUUCUUACUAAGGACGUUCCACACUUGCAUUCUCUUUUGUUUUAAUGUUUAUGUUUUUUUUUUUGUCACGUAAUCAUAUUGUUGCAUUCAACAUUUUAGCAUGUAAUGGCAAUAAAGGCAAUAAAGGGCAUGGAUUUGUCUUAUAAAUAUCA